AUGACAAAACAGCCCCCAACAAUAAUUAAGGUGCACUCUCCAAGCCCGCACGGCACCCCUUUGGCUCUGCCCCAGCUGCCGCCCCCUCGAGCUAGGCCCCGCCCACCGGACGCAGGCCCCGCCCACUCCCGCUUCAAGCCGCAGACCCGGCCCUUAGGUUCUAACUUCAACUCCUGGGUCCUGGGUCAGGGCUGCCCGCACCUCUGGCGCCUCCAGAGGCCCGAAGAAGUAGCGGCGACACGGCUGAGCGCAGGGGCUCUGGGAGUUGUGGGCUCGCGCGGCGCGUGCCGGGGGCUGCUGUCCGGGUUGGGGUGGGGGCGGUCCCCUGCAGAGCGCAUUCCGCACCCCGGGGAGUGGGCAGCAUCUGGGUCGUCCCCCGCCUGCACGGACUGCGGGCAGCGCCCCUGUUUGCCCAGGGGGGGCGGGCCGGAGGAGGUGUUUGUCCUCAAAUGCAGCGGAUCCGGGUGGCCCCCGCGGCCCGGAGCUUCUGGUGCCGCGACGGCCGGUGCCCCGGGUCCAGCCCCUGCCAUGGCCAAACGGCGAGGGAGUCUGGGGUCCCGCCUGGCCAGCCUCCUGGCCAGGCUGGGGGGCCGGAGGGAGCGCAGGGGGAAGGAGACCCCGGAGGAGACCGGAGCCCGGGAUAGGCCCUGGGGUGGCCAGAGCUGCCCUGACCUGGUCCAGGGCAGCCCCGAUGUCAGCCUCAAGGUAGGAGAGAAGCCAACAGGGAGGGAAGGGGCAGAAGCUCUGGGAGGGGCUGUGCUGGCCCUGAGAACCCAGGCUCGUAAGGCAGGCAACUGGAAUUCUAGUCCUCCCUCUGCCACUGGGUUUGCUGUGUGGCCCUGGGCAAAUCACUCCCUCUAUCUGAACCUCAGUUUCCCCAUCUGAAAAAUGGAGACAAUACCACCCCUCUUUCAGGGCUGUUGUGAGAAAUAGGGUAACUGAUGUAGAGCUAAUGUUGGAACCUCUGGGGAGGCAGGCAAGUCCUGUCCUUGUUCUCACAGCUCCCAUCUCCAUACCUCCUCACUUAGCUUGACCUCCCUCCAUUUUUAGCCCCCUCUUCCCCCACUUCCUGGCAUGGCCUCCCAGAGGAGACCCUGGGCAAAUGGCUUAACCUUCUGACCACAGUGUCCCCAUCUGCAGUUUGGACCUAAGCCAUGGAUUGGACAGUGACUGGGUUUCCUCCCCUUGGGGAAACAGAGGGCUGCCUCCCCUGAAGGUGGCUCAAGCAGCUGGGUAUCCUUCUUUGGGUGGAUACCAUUAAUAAUUACCUGAAUUUAAUUAGGAUCUCUGGGCACUCUGCAUGGAUUAUC